UUGUUACUUUGUAUUUUCGAUCUUUUAACGGCAAAAUGUUCCUACGUAGUCAAUCGGUUGUGCGGUUGGUUAACGUAUUGGUAGUUAUUGCGGGCUCUGCCUUAUCAGAUCAAAUACCCGCAUCUCCGUUUAGUAAUGAGUUGGGCUACCAAUAUUUCGCAAGUUCUUCGAAAUUUCCAUCUGAAAUAUUAAGUAAUAUAACCUCGAAUACAAACCACGAUGAUGCGCAAUGUGCCAUUGAUAUAAGAAGAAUUUUGAGUGGCCUUCAAAACUUUGAGGACUGGGCUAUUGAAUUUCCCGAUUCAUGGGGUCGUUUACCUUUUGGCCUAAUGUGGGGCCACACCAUAAGCAUGGGUCAAUUUGAGGAAUGUAUUUCUAUUUCUCGUGCCUUUGACAGCGAUUAUCUGCUUAAAGGGAAAUAUUGUUUGGCAAAACUUCCUAUUAAAGGUUUCGUUGAGAAAAUAAACAAAACUUCUGAACUUAGUAGAGCCAUCAGUUACAAGAAAAAAGAUCCCGAAUACUUUGAAUUAGGUAUCUGUGUGCCUAGUUCGUGUUCAGCAAAUAUGGCAGAUAACUUACUUAAAACUAUUAUCAAAACAAUUUUCAAUCAGGACAUUAAAGGUAACCGAACGAUCGAUGAGCAAUACUGCAAAGUUGAUGAACCGAUAAAAUUACGCCCUAUUGAUAUUUUUGCCAUUGCUUUUAUUUUGUUCAUCGUUUUCUGCAUGGUGGCUAGUUCGAUAUAUGAUUACAUUCAAACCAAAAAAGGAAGCCGCAAACAUCCGUUAUUUUUGGCUUUUUCCGUUUUAACAAAUGCUAAAAAGGUUUUUUCCGUUAAACAAGUCGAUAGCCCUGAUGUGAUACAUUGUCUUAACGGCAUACGGUGUUUCUCGAUGAUGUGGGUUGUUAUGGGUCAUGGAUACAUGACUUUUUACGAUUUGCCACACAUUAAUAAAAAUAAAUUUUUUACGUGGACAGAGACACCCUUUUCAAUGCUAGUACAAAACGGUACACUUUGCGUUGAUACGUUCUUCUUUAUGUCGGGGUUAUUAAUGCUUUGGGGCGCAUUCCGUGAAAUGGAAAAAACCAAAGGUAAACUCAAUAUACCGAUGAUGUAUUUUCAUCGAUAUAUACGUUUAACACCAGUAGUAGCUGUAGUUAUACUUUAUAUUAUGUCGCUGUAUAAAUAUUCUGGUGCCGGACCAAUGUGGAUGAAGCUUGGUACCCAGGAUAAGCGCUGUGAAGAUACUUGGUGGGCCACGUUAUUGUAUGUGCAAAAUUAUGCUUUCCCGAAUAAGAUUUGCAUCAGUCAAUCGUGGUAUUUAGCUGUUGACACUCAGUUAUAUGUAUUUUCACCCAUCUUUUUAAUACCAUUAUGGAAAUGGGGUAAAAAGUCAUUACCACCUAUGAUUGUGCUCGUAUUAUUAUGCAUUGCGUGCACGUUUACCACUUUUAUGUUUAAUGAUUUCACUCUGUUUCGUGUGCAAGACGAACACGUAGAUUUACGGCAACGUCUCACCUAUUAUCCCACUCAUACGCGAAUUCCCACCUGGCUAAUGGGUGUUAUCUUUGGUUACUUCCUAUUUACCAAAAAUCGUGGACGAAAAAUACCGCUGGCUAAGCAAUGGGUUAUCAGUGGGUGGUUAUUAGCGUUCGGUAUUAUGCUUACCGAUCUCUGGGGACCCUAUUGGCGUAUACGGCCUGAAAAUCCCGAUUCUCCGAUAAUUGAAGGAGCUUUUUACGAGCCACUAAGUCGUGCAGCAUGGGCUUUAUCGAUGGCUUGGAUCGUUUGGGCUUGUUAUAACGGACAUGGUGGAUUAAUAAAUGACUUUCUAUCUUGGAGUUUUUUUACUGCCUUUAGUCGUUUAACAUAUUGCAUGUAUGUUAUUCAUAGAAUCGUUCAGUUGGUCAAUGCGGCUCGCUUGCAAACCGAUACACAUUUUUCCGAUUAUGAUGCCAUAAUGCGUUGGUGGCAUGACUUCGGUUUGACAUUGUGCGCUUCCAUAUUUGCUACUUUAGCGUUUGAAUCCCCUAUUUUGGGCAUUGAAAAAGCUAUUUUUGGUUCAGGUAGUAAGAAAAGAGACCAAACAAUGAAAAAGGUUAACACCGUAGCUUCCACUGAUCCCAUAACGAAUGAAAACCUUCAAAAAGCCUAGUUUAGAUGUAUUAUUAAACUUAAGUUUAGUUGAAACAAUAAUUUAUUGAAAAACAGUGAAUAUUAAAAUAACGAACUGAUUUUAUAUUAUAUGCAGCUUCCUGCUUGUUCAAUUCGGCAGUUAGUAUUAUUUAAUAUAAUUAUUUUAACAUCACAAACAUUCGUUACAUAAGUAUAUUUGCUAUAGUAUAUGUAGAUAAAAUUAUUUUA